AUGGUUUUAUCUUCAUCUUUUUAUCCAAGCUUCUCACUACUUUUUUUUACAAUUUUAUUUCCAUUUUCAGAUAAAUGUGAUAUUUCUGACGUCGAGGAAACGUUUGUGCCCAUCGCGAGCCGGCCUCAGGGGGCUUGUGCAGCUACGCCUACCUCUCCAUAUUCUUCGCCUUCUUCGUUAUCACUUCACAAUACUAACUCUCCAACUAGUUUGCAGCUAACGAGCCCCCCUGUAACCAUUGUCCGGCCGAGCCAUACUCUUCGACGCACCGACAGUGACGUUGAUGCCUUUGAAUCGACCAGACCUCCGACUAUCAUCUCUGUUAAUCGAGCUAAUAGAAAUCGAGCUCCUCCAGUGCCUCCAGUUUGGGCUGCGGGGCUGAAAAGUUCUGAUUCUGAGACAUCUGAAUUGGAGUUGAUUCGACCCUCCUGCAAUAUGGUAUGCUUGUAA